GAGAAACGUUUACAAGGGUUACCACGUGACUUAUGUCAUGUGACAUAUGUUUGGUGCAACAUGGCGUCUUCGGCUGUCAGAAUGCGACGGAUCAGUUCAUUCUGAAGCGAUUUCCAACAUUUCGCGCGUUCGACAGCUCGUCACAACAAGAUGCCCGUCGACAUUAAUCGGUUGACGGAGGGCUGGCUGGAGCUGGAAAGCGAUCCGGGCUUGUUCACGUUGCUGCUGGAAGACUUCGGCGUGAAGGGCGUCCAGGUGGAGGAGAUUUAUGAUCUGCAGAAGUCAUUGGAAGGUCCGGUAUAUGGCUUCAUCUUUCUGUUCCGUUGGAUCGAGGAGCGACGGUCCAGAAGGAAGGUCGUCGAACAAGAUGAGAGUUUCGUCAAGGAUGAGGAGAUUGUUAACAAUAUCUUUUUCGCGCAGCAGGUCGUCCCCAACAGUUGUGCCACCCAUGCAUUACUUUCCGUUUUGCUGAAUUGCCCAAACAUCCACCUGGGCACAACUCUGUCUCGAUUAAAGAUGCACACCUCAGGCAUGUGUCCGGAGAACAAAGGUUGGGCUAUCGGCAAUACACCAGAAUUGGCUUGUGCGCACAAUUCACACGCAAUGCCACAAGCGAAGAGACGACAAGACAAGAACACCGGCGUCUCGACGGGUAGAUUCACGGGCGAGGCGUUUCACUUCGUGAGCUACGUGCCGAUAAAUGGCAGACUUUUCGAGCUGGAUGGCCUGAAGCCCUAUCCCAUGGAUCAUGGUCCGUGGAAGGAGCACGAGGAGUGGACAGAGCAAUUUAGACGCGUGAUAACCGACCGUUUGGGCAUGGCGACGGGCGAACAGCUACAGGACAUCAGGUUCAACCUGAUGGCCGUUGUGCCCGACCGGCGUCUCGCCAUCUCGCACAAAUUGACAAUGCUGAAGACCAACAGGCAGAUAGUUUUGGAAGCGUUGCAGCAGUUGGUAAAGCUAAGUCACCAGGAUGGCAGCGGCGGCACGGACAAGAGCUCGCACGACGUUGACAAGGAGAAGCAGUACGACAAGAGAAACAAGACAGAGGACGAGAACGGAGUAUCCGCCAAGACGGAAAUCGAGGAAUCGACUGCAACGAUCCCCACCAUCACCGUGGAGAGGAACAACGACUCGACAGUGGGAAUUGACGAGUCGGUCUCCAGCAUCUCGUCUGGCAAGACUGAAUCCAACGGCAUGGAGAAGGUGGUGAUGUGCGCCUUGGACUACGCUACGCCGCUGCGGAUUCAGACGUCGCCAGCCCACAGCUCAUCCAGCACCGACACGUCAUCCGAGAUAGGCUCGGCCUUCAACUCGCCCACUCAAGCUUGGGGAUGGAAUUCCGGCCAGAGCAGUCCCACGUCGACCAAGGACUUCAAGAAGUUCGUUGUGAUCAGGGUUGCCGGGGACGAGAAAAAUGAAGCAGGCUUGAGUCGUUCUCUGGGGAACAUCAAUAUAAAUGGCAAGAGAUUGGUGUCCGACAGCGGUCACUUGCACAAGAAGGUCUGCCUGUCGGGUGAAGUCAGAAUCCCUCACGCGAGAGUGAAAACCAGCAACGGCGACACGGUGACGGAAGAGAAGAAGGUCGAGAAGAUCGACCCCAAGCUGUGCUCCAAGUACCCGGAAUUGUUCGAGCCGCACACGUUCGCGCCCAAGGACCUCUUGGCGCUGUUGAAGAAUCUGGAGCAUGAGAUCAGCGUGUGCGAAACCAGCUUGAAGGACGAGAACGAUAAGAGGAACAAGUACAAGAUUGACGACUGUCGACGGACGCAUAAUUACGACGAGUUUAUCUGCACGUUCCUCUCGAUGCUCGCUCAGCAAGGGAAAUUGGCGGAGCUGGUUCAGCAGCAUCUGGCGCUGAAGAAACACACCUCCGUCUCGGUGAACAGAGUUCACAGGUCCUCCAAGAAAUCCGACACUCGCCAGAAUUCAUCGCGCAGGCGACGCGGCAGAACAAAAUGUAAAAAGCGCAAGUAAUCUCCCGGCGCGUAACUCUAGAGACUUGAGGGGAGUAUCAUUCCGUUUGUCGGAUUGUUUGCAGCAUCCAGCACCGGUAGUUUCAUCGUCGUCAAGCGAAGAGGCCAUAUAUACGUA